CCUUCCCCUUUCGCUUGCCCGGGGGCGAGGGGCGGCCCCCGAGUGGCUCGGGGUAGGACGGGCUUGUCCGCGCCGCGCUCCCUCCGCUCGGGUUCCCCGGCGCUCCCCGGCCUGUGGCACAGGGCUCCGCCGAGACACACACACACCCUGUGCCGAGGAUGCUCCGAUAUCCGCCAGACGCGCGGGGAAAGGCGGGGAGCGGCGCUGGCCGGUCGGGCUCGCCCGCCCUGCCCCCGGGCGACUGAGCUGGGCUGGGCCGGGCCGGGCCGGGCUGGGCCGGGCUGGCGGCUCCCGCGGCCCUGGAGCUGCUGCCAAAGGCGAGCUGUGCGGGAUUGUCUUCUUUGUGUGUUACGGGAACGUCGCAACACCUAACAGUGCCUCUUUCCCCUGUUCUGUGCCAUGUUCUUCUUCCCUUAAUCUCUUUAACUGAAUUUUGGGCAGGUACUGAUCUCAAAAUCCUUAGUUAAUUUUUUCCACAAAGUUUUCUCCGAGGACGUCCAGUGUUUGAUACCUUUGAUACCUUUUUUUUUUUUUUUUUAAAUAGAAAUUGUACUAAAAUUCUGGGGCCUGCCCUUCAGUUUGAAAAUCAGUAUAUUUUUUUACAGGACUGAUGUUAACAGCUGUUUAUUGAACUUCAGACCCAGGGCUGCUGCCUUUGUCUUGUGUCAAGCAGCCAUGCAGCCAUCCACCCUGGGCAUCUGCCUCCAUGCAGCUGCAGGUCUCCAGAGGGGGAGGGGAGACAAUAUUUCUUCUGCUAGUGGGCCUUGUUGUUUGCUUUCUUCUGGACAAAAAACAAAAAAGGGGAAAAAAAAAGAUCUUGAAGUUGCUGCACUGUAACAUUGUGUUAAACACAUUAGUACUUUGCCAAGUAGUGCAAUCGGCCAGAUCUGCCUGUGAUUUAAAGUUGUAUAAUUGGGCUGCAAUCUCUAACCCUCACUUGUUAUAAUGAGAAAUUUCUCCCUUAUUGAAAAAUUAUAUCCUGGUGAUACUGUUUCUUAAAAAAACCCCCAAACAACAAAAAACCCAAACCAAACAACUCAAACUACAAAACAUUCUUAAAUAUUAUUCAGAAACAUGAACUAGAUGACCUCCCAAAGCCCCUUCCAGCCCAACCUAUUCUGUGUUUCUGUGCUGCUGCUCUUUGUUCAAACAGUAUUUUGCAGGAUGGAGUCACAGUUUCUAAGUGAAGCAGUGAUGCAGCCUGGGGAGCAGGGGAGGUGGAAGUGGAGUUACACGCACUCACAAGAUUGAUGAUGUGUUGUAGCACACACAGGGUGUGUUCCUGUCAGCCUGGAGUACUGAAACAGCUUCAGCCAUUCUUUCCUCUCUGUUACAAACCCAAAUCUGCCUAAGCACUACUAUCACACUACAGAGCACGUGAAAAUAGGCACUGGUGGAGAAGCUGAGACACUUAAUAACUUAAGACCUACAGUUUUAUGCUUGCUUGACUUGCAGAACAGUAGCCCACCUCUUCAGGACUUCUAACAGCGUGAAAACUAAUCAAACAGUGUUAGUACAUUUUGCUACUGGAAUAAUGACUACUGUAGAAGUUGUCGAGAAGAAGCAAAAUUAUACUAGUGUGCAUGAAGCAGUGAAAGCUGGUGAUGUAGAACAGCUUGCAUUGAUGAUUAAAAGUGGAGCUGGUGUUAACGAGGUGGAUGUAGUCCACAAAUUCACACCCUUGCACUGUGCUGCCCACUCCGGAAGUCUGGAGUGCCUUCACUGGUUGCUCUGGCAUGGAGCUGACACAACUCAUGUGACUGUCAGAGGCUGGACAGCAGCUCACCUUGCGGCCAUCCGAGGGCAGGAUGCCUGCAUGCAGGCUUUAUUAAUAAAUGGAGCAAACACAGAAGCUCAGGAUGACCGUGGGUGCACGCCGGCACACUUGGCUGCAGCCCACGGGCAGUCCUACACCUUGCAGACCAUACUGAGAAGUGGAGCGAAUGUAAAUGUUUCAGACAGGAAUGACUGGAAACCUGUUCAUUAUGCUGCUUUUCAUGGUCGUUUGGGGUGUUUGCAGCUUCUUGUUCGAUGGGGAGCAUGUAUCGAUGAUGUGGAUAACAAUGGAAACCUUCCAGCCCACCUGGCAGCAGUGGAAGGACACUUGCAUUGCUUUAAGUUCUUGGUUGGGAAAAUGGCCAGUGUCACACACACGCUGAAAGCCAGGAAUGACCAAGGAGAGACUCCAAGGGACUUGGCUGAACAGUUCUUUAAAGAUAAUAUUCUGCAAUAUAUUGAUAGUAUGGAAAAAGAGAGGGAGCAUCCAGAGGCACAGGAAGUUUUAGCUUUCCCAGCUCAUGACACUGCUUUCAAAGGGGACUUGUUAGUGCUUAGAAGAUUAGUGAGAAGUGGAGUAAUCAAUAUCAAUGAGCGGGAUGAUAAGGGAUACACUCUCAUGCACAAAGCUGCUGAACAGGGGCAUAUCCAUUGCUUACAGUGGUUGAUUGAAAUGGGAGCUGACUGUGACAUUACAAAUGAUGCUGGAGAGACUCCAAAGGAUGUAGCCAAGAGAUGUGCCCAUCUGGCAGCUGUGGAACUUUUGAUACCAAGAACUGGAGACAGUAACUCUAGUGAUGAAGAACUAGAUGCAAACAACAUAAAGUUUUUUGAAAGACAUGGUGUGGAAGGGAGUACAGAUAGCAAAGAAGAUUUAACCCUGGAUGAAGCAGAGAAAAGGAAUGCACGGAUAAGGGCCUAUCACAAGAUUCAAGAACUAAAGCAACUUCUAGAAAUUGCCUACAGCAACUACAGACAGCUGGGAGGGAUAACUGAAGAGGAGAGGAAGAUGAAAAGAGAAGAAAGGAAAGCUGAGAAGGCUGUGAGGGAGCUGGAGGCCCAGCUGGAGUAUGAGCGAGUCAGGCGGGAGAAGCUGGAGAGCCAGCUGGAUGACUACCGUGCUGAGAUAAGCCACCUUAGGGAGAGCCUGGAGAAAACCUGCAUCCCCCCUGCUGUCCCCAUGGAAGCUGAGACAAUUGCCAAGUCUUGCAAAGACAAAAAGAAAAUAAAGAAGCAGCCAGCCUGCAGCCCAGGAGGAGUGUUUGUGAGGCUACGCUGAGGAACAACCCUCCAAGGAGGGGCAGGAGACUGCAAAGGAAAUUAGCUGCAAACAGAUGGAAGAAAACGGUAACAACACUAGAGCAGAGCCUCUUAAACUCCAUGAAUUGCUGCAGGUGUGACAGAGCAAUUUGAGAAGACAGUGGCUUGCCUUAGAUGUCAUACCCUGCACAGCAGCACUGUGGUGGUGAGAUGGGGGCUGAAUUCAGCAGCCUAAGGAAGCAUGUUUUCAGGGACACAUCCGAACAGCUACACUGGAUACUCGGUGCACCACAGGCUACAGGAACUUUUACUACUGGAAGCUGUAUUACAGGAGAUGCUGUAUCAGGUCUUGCAUUAGAUGUGGUUAUAAUGAUUUGCCACUGAACCAAACGACAAUGAACUGACGAUACAGGUAUCUGACACAACACCAGGAUAUCCCGGCAGCACCCCUGACAAGCUGUCUUUUGGAUUUGUUAUGCUGCUGUUUCAAUCAGUGUUAGAAUAAAGCUAAUUACAUUUCCCUUUGAAUUUACUCUUGCUUCCAAAUAUAUUGCAUUACUCUCUUUUUGUCCAGCUCCAACACAAUGAAAACUUCACUGGUUUUAUGUAUAUAUUGAGAAGACAAUCUCAAAUUAGACUGAGAUUUGUUCUGCUUGGCAGGGGAAAGUACAAGUGCUGUCACACUGAACUGUAUGUCUGUGGAGACUGAAUGGGAAGCAGAACUGGUCACUCUCAGACCAGUCCCGAAUGACAGCAAACUUUCAGGGUAACCCAAAUGACCUCAGGAGAACUUCUGUAGCAACUCUGCCAUGUCAGUGGCUGCUGCAGCAAGCAGAGGUACUGUCAGAUGGAUAAGGUAUUUAAGCUUUUUUUUUAUUAUUUUUUUUUAGAUCAUGUCCAUAUUCCUCCUUAUCCCAGUUCUGGGCACAAUCCUAGUCCUAGUGUGGCAUGCUCCCACCUCAUCUGUGUUCUGUGUCACACUUUAUCCAGCUGGGGGGAAAUCUCCCCCUGCAAUCCCAGCUGUCUGCUCCUACUACUGACUUCUUUCAGCAUAUACUCCUGAAUAAAAUGUUUUACAUCCAA